AAUCUAAAAAGUCUCGGCGUGAACGAAGUACUGCCUGCCUCAGGAAAAAAACAACUAGAAAACUCUCGCACUCCAAGCAAGCAAUGGCGACGCCGCAGUCUUCACCACCACCACAGCCGCCUCCCACCGCCUCCAAUCUCGAGAACUCCGCCACUCAGCCCACCCUCCCGACUCCACCUCAGGUUGAUGUUGCCUCCGGGAAUGGAGUGGCUAGAGCGGUUGACAAGAAGCCUGAAACAGCUCAGCAUUUUGAAUUCCUAGAUGGUGAGAACUACAUUGAGAAAUAUAGCAAAUAUGAAUCAGACUACACUCGCCGGCUGAUGGCAAAAUACUUCUCUGAGAAGAAUCUUUAUGGAGGAAACAUAUUUGAGGAAAAAAUGACAAUAGACGAUGAGGCUAUAUCGUCAAGCAGGUGGUCAGGUACUCGAUCGUUUGCAGACCCUGUGCAGAGUUUUGAGGAGCAGAGCAGCAGUGAUUCAACUUCUCCUUCUAAAACCCUGGGGCGAUGAAUGGUGAAAAAUGGCAUCAAAAAAGAGAGAAGAAAACAAUGAAAAUCUUCCAAUGUUUGCAACGGAGACCUAUGCAUUUCCGGUCGAAGAUAGAGCAACUGCUGAUCAUCAUUCCUUACCAGGUAUGAUACUGCUGCUGCACCCAAAAUAUUUGAUGGAUGGAGAGAGUGAGAAACAAUUGCUAGCGUAGAAGUUUUCUUUUCUUACAAAUAUUUAUCUGUCUUUGGAUAUGAACAACGUACUUCGGUUAGUGAAUUAAUGAAGUUUCAUUAUUUGUCUGUAA